GUGUGGUUAAUCUGCUUCACUGGACCAGCAAAAACAACCCCAACAAACCUGCAACAAUCAAUGAUUUCAAUUGCGGAUAUACAAUUCACAUUCUUUUUAGCAAUGAUGCAUUGGGGACUGGCUCAGAGACUGCAAGCCCUGGUACAAAGAUCACUGGGUACUGUAUAAAGCAUUCUGGAUUGAGCAGUACAAAGGUUGAGGCUUUUCGAGUGAGAAACGAUAGAUUUGAAAGUUUAGUUAGAGAAGAUCAGCUUAGUCUCCUAAGGAAAGGAAUCAGGAUGGCAGAGAAGCCCCAGGUAGAUGUGCAUUAUAUGAAUGCAGGACCUCGUGGUGUGAUUGAAGACAAUUUUGGUUCUUUAUUUGGAAGCGACAACCAUAUUCACAUUGAUCUGGCUCUUUCUGAGAUUCUCCAAAAUCAGGAAGUAUUGAUUCAAACGAGUUCUAGGAAUAAUGAGAAUGUCGCUUCUAUGAGUAAUGGUGCUCAUCCCAACCCUGACCAGAGUAGUGGUGGGAGCAGAAGUUCAGAGGACAAAGAUUUGCAGGUCAAAAAUGAUGAGCUUCAGUUAGCGAUUGAUGAAGCAUUGGCUAGGUCUUUGCUGGAGUUGGAGUUGGAGGAUCAACUUAUUGACACUUCCUUGAAUGAGACUGUUGGAACUCAUUUAGCCACUGUGGAACCUAAUGCUGAGGAAACAAAUGCCCUGGCAGUGAGACAAGAUGAUGUUGACCCAGAUAAUAUGUCUUACGAGGAAUUGGUUUCAUUGGGAGAGGCUAUUGGCACCCAAAGUCGAGGACUAUCUGAUGAGCUAAUUUCCUUCCUUCCAACUUCAAAGUAUAAACAUGGGGGGUUUUUCUCAAAGAAUAACAAUCACGACCCGUGCGUAAUAUGCCAUAUGGAGUACAAAAAGGGUGACCGAUUGAUCACUUUGCCUUGUCAGCAUCACUAUCACUCAGAAUGUGUCACACGCUGGUUGAAAGAGAACAAGGCUUGCCCUAUUUGCUAUGUGGAGGUGUUUGGUUCUUGACCCAGAUCAGAGUGAGAAGCAUGGCAAUCUAUAUUUUUGAGCCAUUAUAUGGAAAAUAAAAAAAGUUUGCCGUGAUCUUGAAAAGUUCAUUGGAACAUUGCACAGGCCUCUCUAUCCCUUGGACAAUUGGACUGUUUCAACUUAAUGGCCUGCAAUAUCAUGUGUGUGAAACCUGUUAUCUGCCAUCAAUUUAUGUUGAGCAUUAAAACUUGGGACUAAUUUGCUCUAAAAUGAUUAUAAUUUGGUAAAGGGUUUCAUGUUUGUUGAACUGAAGUUAUCAUGUAAAUGAAUUUAGCAACUAAAGAAACUUCGGAGGCGUUUUGAUUAUGGCUAAAGCCAAAGGACAUAAACCCUUC